AUGUCUGGCUACAACGGCGGGCGACGCGCCCCCAACGUCUCGCAGUACCUGGCCAACCUCAACCAGAUUCCGACCGGCCAGGAAGUCCAGCAGGAGAACCUCAACUUCCAGGACGACCUCGAGUUCCUGACCAACGCCGAGUUCUUCGACUUUGACCAGUUCCACCAGACCGGUGCUCCUCCGCCCGCCUCGUUCACGGCCGCUGCAAAUGCUGCCAAGGAUGGCCAGCGAUACCCAUAUGGCGAGUUCCAAAACUUCCCCGACUCGAGCAUGACCUCACCAACUGGCAUCCCCAGCCCGCCAACCCUCCAAGGGAACUACCCUCCACCGGGGCCACACUACUCCCAAUCGCCUGUGACCGGCGACAAGAGGAAGGCGUCGAUCGCCAUGCCAGCUACUACCGCCCACCUCGAGGAGGCAUCGCGCGUCGCAGCCGAGGAGGACAAGCGUCGCCGAAAUACCGCCGCGUCAGCACGGUUCCGUGUGAAGAAGAAGCAGCGGGAGCAGGCUCUUGAGAAGGACAACAAGGAAAUGAAGGAUCGCGUGCAGCAGUUGGAGGGCAAGGUCCAGCAGCUGGAGAUGGAGAACAAGUGGUUGAAGGGCCUCAUCACCGACAAGACGGACGCGAAGGCCCCCGAGGCCGCGCUGGAAACCAAGAAGGAAAAGGAGUCUGAGGAGCGGAGUACGGAAAGCCGUAAAGACGGCGUAGGCACCGAGUCCAACGGCGAGGAGGGUGAGGCGUAA